GGAGAGGAGUCCAAGUCUGGACCAGGAGGACCCACCAGAGCUCCCACACAUUAAAGAGGAACAGGAGGAACUUUGGACCAGUAAAGAGGGAGAGCAGCUUCGAGGGCUGGAGGAGGCUGAUAUCCCCAUCUUCACAUUCACUCCUGUCCCUGUGAAGAGUGAAGAAGACAAUGAAGAGAAACCUCAGUCCUCACAGCUUCAUCAAAGACUAACUGAACAGAUGAAGACAGAAGCUGAUGGAGAGGACUGUGGAGGACCAGAACCAGCCAGGAACUCAGAUCCAGCUAGACAUUUACAACCAGAUACUGAUGACAAGGCGUCACCCUCCUCUGAACCUGAGUCUGAUGACAGUUUUGAUUGGGAGGAUAUCAGGAAACAAGCUGAAUGUGCUACAAGCUUUGACCACAAGGGACAUUUGCAAGAAAACAAUGGAAUCCAAACAGGAGAGAAACUAUUUAGUUGCUCAAUCUGUGGUAGAAGAUUCCUCUGGAAGAAGUCCUUAAUGACUCAUAUGAUACUUCAUUCAGAAGGAAAAUGUUUCAGCUGCUCUGUUUGUAAAAAAACAUUUAAAUGCAGGGUAAAGUUUGUGAAGCAUGUGAGAUUUCACACAGUGGAGAAACCCUUCAUUUGUUCCUUCUGUGGUAAAAGAUUCCCACACAACUCAAAUUUGACCUCACACUUAAGAGUUCAUACAGGAGAAAAACCUUUCAGCUGCUCAGUUUGUAAAACAAGUUUCAGUAAUAGAAGCACUUUGUCCAGACACAUGAGAAUCCACACAGGAGAGAGACCCUUCAGUUGUUCUGUUUGUGGUAGAAGAUUCGCACAAAAGUCACGUCUAAGACAACACAUGAGAAUCCACACAGGAGAGAAACCCUUCAGUUGUUCUGUCUGUGGCAGAAGAUUCACACAAAACUCAUCCUUGACCUCACACUUAACAGUUCAUACAAAAGAAAAACCUUUCAGCUGCUCAGUUUGUAAAACAAGUUUCCGUGUCAGAGGUGAUUUGUCCAGACACAUGAGAAUCCACACAGGAGAGAAACCCUUCAGUUGUUCUCUCUGCGGUACAAGAUUCGCACAAAAGUCAUGUUUGAAACAACACAUGAGAAUCCACACAGGAGAGAAACCCUUCAGUUGUUCUGUCUGUGGCAGAAGAUUCACACGAAGCUCAGCCUUGACCUCACACUUAACAGUUCAUACAGGAGAAAGACCUUUCACAUGUUCAGUUUGUAAAACAAGUUUCCGUGUCAGAGACCAUUUGUCCAGACACAUGAGAGUUCACACAGGGGCGAAACUAUUUAGUUGCUCUGUCUGUGGUAAAACAUGUGGAGAAAAGAGAAAUAUGAAUCGACAUAUGAGAAUCCACAGAAAGGAGAAACCAUUUUGUUGCACUGUAUGUAAUAAAAGAUACACUCGGCUUGAGCAUCUCAAAAACCACAAGUGUGCUGGUGAGAGCAGUGGAAGUAAAUGAAGCUGCAGAGAUGAUUGUUGAGCCGAUUCCUUCCAGCAGGAUUGAUGUACUGAGGGCAAGACCAGUAGGUCAUCUGUUAUUUCAACAUUUUGAUUCUACAUUAUUAUGUUAUAUAUUUUAGCUUUUUAAAUACCUCAAUGAAACACUUUUUCUUUAUCAAUUCAAUGACUUUGGAAUUUCCAACUUUAACUCUUCAUAGAUCAACAUAUAUAACAUCAUAACAACAGCAUGUCUAGGUGAACUGGAAAGUUAGCUGAAUGUCCGUUGGCAAGUCAUUAAACGUCACCUAACCCACACAUGGCUGUAACUGCUGAAAUCGUGUCCAUACAACGAGCUUCUCUUUUUUUUUUUUUUUUUUUUAGCAUGGCCUGAGUCCUCCUGUACAGUAUUACCCAGUUCUGAGUAAACUUCACUCUCCUCCAUGUUUGUUUAUUCUGAAUACAAAUUUCUUCCCUGAAGAACCAGCAUGUGUGGAAGGACAUAGGAACAAAGUUAGUUUUUCAUUAAAUCUGUUGAGUAAUUUUGUUCCUUUCAGUUAUGCAUUAGGCUAUGUCUUAUGUUUUAUGCACUGACAAUAUAUUAUGGACAGAAAAGCAACAUAAAAAUGGCAAAACUUCCAAUGUUCCAAGUUUGAAGUCUAUAAAGAUCCAUCCUUGUUCGGUCGAUAGGUUUCACUUGGUUGUGAAGUUAAGCCUUGUGACAUCUUUGCUGAAGACCCGCCUUGAUGAGACAGAGGGCGCUGUUUCACUUAUUGCAUUUGAAAAAAGUCCUCUAUUGAGCAGAUGAAGUCUCAUUUUCAUUUUCAAAUAGUUAGAAAAUAGCAUUUUGACAUAAGACCAUGGUGACAUGGACUUGUAAAUGCAAUAAACAUGGGGCGCUGUUUUGCCAAUUGCAUUUGAAUGUCCACUUUUGCGCAGGUAAAAUGAAAUUGAAAAUGAAAUGUCAAAUCCUGUUUCCUAGAAAGCCCACACAAGUAUGUGAAAAUGAAAAUAAAAAUUGGAUCAUUG